AAAACGUGUCGCUUUUUUUUUGUCUGUGCUGUCAUGGUGGCACGGUCUUGAUUUUUGUAGUUUUAAAAUUAAAUAAAUCUAAUUAGACUGCUCGUAGACGCGUUACAGUGAAAUUACAACAUUCAAGAAUUAUUUGUAGAUUAAAUCUUAAUCUCGUUCUCCUAUAGUACAAGACUUCCAUCAGGUUAUUAUGUUACUCAACAAAACCAGACUUGUGGGAUUUAACAAUCGAUCCCGAAAGAGCAAUAUGGAAGGUAACUCCACGUCGGAUAUAGUAAUUCUGAGCGGCAAUUCGCACCCGGAGCUUGCGGAAUUGAUUGCUAACCGGCUCGGAGUCCGCAAAGGAGGAUGCUCGGUGUAUCACAAAACAAACAGGGAGACAAUGGUGGAGAUUGCAGACUCCAUACGUGGGAAGAAUAUUUACAUAGUACAAACUGGUACAAAAGAUGUGAACAAUAACAUAAUGGAACUACUGAUCAUGGCAUAUGCCUGCAAGACUUCUUCAGCAAGAUCUAUUGUUGGUGUCAUUCCAUAUUUGCCAUACAGCAAGCAGUGCAAAAUGAGGAAGCGUGGAUGCAUUGUCACUAAGCUCCUCGCGAAGAUGAUGUGCAAGUCAGGCCUGACCCACAUAAUCACUAUGGACCUGCACCAGAAAGAGAUUCAGGGCUUUUAUGAGUGUCCAGUGGACAAUUUGAGGGCUUCUCCGUUCUUGCUUCAGUACAUUCAAGAAAGUAUUCCUGACUAUCGGAAUUCGGUAAUCGUCGCCCGCAACCCAGGAUCGGCUAAAAAGGCAACCUCAUACGCUGAGCGUCUCCGUCUCGCCAUAGCCGUCAUUCACGGCGAACAAAAGGAGGCCGAGAGCGACGAAGUGGACGGCCGGUAUUCCCCGCCGUGUAUUCCGAGUGUCGACAGGUCGCGCACUAUGGACGUGUCGGUGGGAGUGCCGGUGCACCCCGCCAAGGAGAAGCCGCCAAUCAACGUCGUCGGAGAUGUAGGCGGGAGAAUAGCCAUUAUGGUGGAUGACAUGAUAGACGACGUCCAAUCGUUCGUCGCCGCCGCCGAAGUGCUGAAGGAGUGCGGCGCCUACAAGAUAUACGUGCUGGCGACGCACGGUCUGCUUUCAUCCGAUGCGCCUCGGCUUAUCGAGGACUCGCCUAUCGACGAGGUCGUCGUCACCAACACGGUGCCCCACGAGCUCCAGAAGAUGCAGUGCAACAAGAUCAAGACCAUCGACAUAUCAGUCCUACUCAGCGAGGCCAUCCGACGCAUCCACAACAAAGAAUCCAUGUCAUAUCUCUUCAAAAACGUCACCCUCGAAGAUUAAUCCGGUUCAAGUAUUUCUAAGUAUUAUUUUAAGUAUUAUAUCCUUGUUAGUUUCUAUAACCAUAGCCAGCAUUACUUUUCCCAUGGCAUACGCCACUUGAGGCAUAUGGAUUUCUAAGUAAGGAUAGUUUUAUGAUUCCCUUAUCGCAUUAUUCCGUGUUAGCUAGCUGAUAAUUUAAUGUUUGUGUAAUUAACAAGUGGUAGCGGUUAUCCAGCAAGUACGCAGGUUGUUGUGAACAAAUAAGUUGUAUGGAAAUUAACAAUUAUACUUUCAAGUUGUGUAUGUAUGUGCUUUUAGUUGCCGAUUAGAAAUAUGUGUACCUAUAUUAUGGUGGUAUGUUUACUUUAAACAGAUUACGUAACAGUUCUAAGGAUUCAAUUAAGCAUUUUUCAGAUGAUCCACCUGAAAGCAUUUUAAUUUACAUCCAUUUGUGAAACAGUGUUCAGUCAUUAAUCGACAUUCUUUGUCACAGAUUUUAUCAUUUAAAAAGCAUGUUUUUUUAGUCCAAACUUAAGUAUACAAUCAUUGUAAAGGCUAGGAGAGCAAAGCUCAAGAAUAAUUUGACCAAUACUUUAUUACGAUUUUAUAACAGAAUUUCAGAUCUGUGACGAAGAUUGCACCAGUCAUGUUAUAUUAUGUGUACUGUUAUGUACACAGUCAUUUAAAACACCUUUGUACCUUUAAGGGUUAUUGAAUAUUUGUUGUUUGUAAAGAGAAUCUGUAUUUUAUUAAUGUUUAUUGAUAAAUUGUCCAAAGCUUUGUGAAUAACGAAUAUGUGACUGUAUAUAUCUUAAACUUGAAUAUUUACACAAAGUAACUGUAUAGUGUAUCAGUAGUCAUAAAAUGCUAUUAUAAUAAAUCGUUUUGUGGCAUAA